AUGGGCGGCUACGACUACUGGCUCGUGCAUGCGCGUUGGACGAUCCCUCCCUCUGUCGCGCUCUGGCUCGUGUUCCGCAAGCUGAGGACCUGGAGGGACGUGUACAAGACCCUGUUCCUCAUCACGAUCGCUGUCACGGCGACGAUACCCUGGGACUCGUACCUCAUCCGCAACCGCAUCUGGUCCUACCCCGACUCGUCCGUCGUCGGCCCAACCCUGUUCGCCAUCCCGUACGAGGAGGUCUUCUUCUUCUUCGUCCAGACCUACCUCACCUCGACCCUGUACGCCGUCCUCACGCGGCCCAUCGUCCAUGCGACGCUCCUUCCGCGCAACCCGAGCGACGGCCGAGUCUUCAAGUGGACCGGCACCGCGCUCCUGUGCGGCGUCUUUGCCCUGUCGUGGGCCAAACUCGAGGAGGGCGGCGAGGGCACUUACCUGGCCUUGAUCGUCGGUUGGGUCGCGCCGUUCCUCACCUUGCUCUGGUGGGUCGCGUCCGACCACAUCUGCGCCAUGCCCCGAGCGACCCUCCUCCUCGCCAUCUUCGCCCCGACCUUCUUCCUGUGGGAGCUCGAUGCGCGCGCUCUGCAGCGUGGGACCUGGGUCAUCGAGCAGGGGACAAAGCUCGGGUGGGACUUUCGCGGGCUCGAGAUCGAAGAGGCCGUCUUCUUCCUCUUGACCAACGUCAUGAUCGUGUUUGGCAUGGCCGCCUGCGACCACUGCCUCGCCGUCCACGACCUGCGCUCGUACGACAAGGGCACCUCGUCCGUCUUUCCGCCGCUCAGCGAGUUCGGCCCGAUCCUCGUCAACUCGCCCGACGCCAAGCAGGGCCAGCGCAUCGACGACCUGCGCGCCGCCAUCGACAUCCUGUCGGUCCACUCGAAGAGCUUUUCGACGGCGAGCAUGGUCUUUGACGGUCGGCUGCGCCUCGACCUUCUCUCCCUAUACGCCUGGUGCCGCGUGUGCGACGACCUCGUCGACAACGCGUCGUCGGUCGCCGCCGCCGAGGCCAACAUCGACAUGAUCAAGGCGUGCCUCGACCUCCUGUAUCCUCCUGCGACAUCGACGUCGUCCUCGCGCCCGGUCCGCGUCUCGAACGAGGCCAUCGCCGCCGCCCUGCCCGGCCUGAGCGAGCCCGAGCGCGGCUCGUUCCGCCUCCUCGCCCUCCUGCCCAUCACGCGCCCUCCCCUCGACGAGCUCCUCGCCGGCUUCCGCACCGACCUGUCGUUCCUCGCCUGUGCGGGCGACAAGGCGAGCGGCGCCGACUCGAGCUCGAUCCCUGCCGAGCUGCCGAUCAAGACGGACGCCGACCUGCUCGAGUACGCCAACAACGUCGCGUCGUCGGUCGCCGACCUGUGCGUCCAGCUCGUGUGGGCGCACUGCGCCUCGUCGGUCCCCGAGCCCGAGCAGCGCGCCAUCCUCGCCGCCGCGCGCGAGAUGGGCCAGGCCCUCCAGCUCGUCAACAUUGCGCGCGACGUGCCCGCCGACCUCGGCAUCCACCGCAUCUACCUCCCCGGGCGAGCGCUCGACACGCCCGUCGACGACAUGACGCCCGACCGGCGAGAGCUCCUGCGUCGGGCGCGCACCAUGGCGGCCCACAGCCGCGAGGCGAUCGAGCGCCUGCCGCGCGAGGCGAGGGGCGGGAUCCGGGCGGCGUGCGACGUGUACCUGUCGAUCGGCGGCGCGGUCGAGCGCGCGCUUGACGAGGGGAGGGUGCACGAGCGCGCGAGGGUCGCAAAGGGGACGAGGGCGUGGAAGGCGUGGACGGCGUUGUGA